AUGGCACAUAGAUUCAUGCCGCCUUACCGGGGCAAAACGCCCCCGGGUGCACACCACCGCGUAUACGAAGGGAGUAUCAGGCCCACCGCCGACGAGCUGGGCCUCGACGCGUACUACCCUAUCGCAACCGCGCCGCUCGCCCUCCUUGAACCGCUCGACCUUGCAACGUAUCCCACCACUUCUGGGCCAAUGGAUAAGGAGCCAGCCUGCCUUUUGAGGGAGGAGGCGAGAAAAGUGGAUCACGACUUCUUCUUGACUAGUCUCACGACCACGCCCGAGUCGCAGGCGAUGCUUAAAGCAGCGCUGGCUGAGAGCAGGCGCGCUGAGUGCAUCCCCUUCCCCGAGCGACUCGGAAGCGUUCCUAAGCCUCCAUGGGAUUAUCGCAAGGUCGAGCUUGGGCUGAUGACGGCACGAAGCAUGCGCGAGCUGCAAAAGCUCAAGGAGCGCCUCACGCCGCCUAGCAGCAUCAAGGAGCUCUUCUUACCUACCUCGCAACAUUACAUGGGCGGGACGCUCCCGGUGCCCCUGGUUACCACGGAGCCUGCUAGUUCGCUCGACGGGAUUAACGCAGCUUUGAAGUUGGGCGACCUCGGGCCCGCCGUCAAGGAUCUGCUCCACAGCGUGGCUCAGCCUGUGCCAGCUAAUCCCCUUGACAGAGUGUGGGCACGAUGGGACGAGCUUGACAAGAACGUUGCCAAAUGGCACUCAUGCAGGGUGGCUCCCCCAAUCCUUCCCAUGCGGGCCAAAGGACAGUUUGACGUGACCCUCAACGACAAGUCCAAGCUCGUUGCGAUGCCAACAUCUAUCUCGGCCGAUGAGGACGUGGAGAAACUAGAUGGGACGGCAUCUUGGAAUGCCUACGAGGGAGCGGAGGACAUCGACCCCUACUCGCCGAUCGUAUCAGACGAGUUCAAUAAAAUUCCCUGGGCUAGCCCAUCGACCGUCGAUUUGGACUGGUCGUCAUUGCUCAGCUCGGCGGUGCCUCUGGGCCACGACUUUGCCCGCUAUGGCCUCGACUGGGCGGCGCCGCUUCAGACGACAGACGAGCCGGACCGCCUCCUUUCUCCGAUCCAUCUCCGCAAGCUGCCUGCGCUGUCUCCGUCGAACGUCUCGGACCCCGAGCCAGAGCUACCCCGCAGCGACUGGAUGGGACCCUCCAAGUAUCUAACGUAUGGGGACUCAACGCGGCCGGCCUCCCAGCGGACUUAG